AUGGCUACAGCCGCCAACUCACGUAUUAGACUCGCCAGUGGUCACGAAAUCCCCCGUCUGGGAUUUGGUGUCUACAAAACUCCACCCGAAGACUCUUAUCGAUGCUGCCUUGAGGCAUUUCAAGCGGGCUAUCGCCAUAUUGAUUCCGCGGCAGCCUACAAGAACGAAGCCGGCUGUGGUAGCGCCAUUCGAGACUCGAAAAUUCCCCGCGAGGAGAUCUUCUUCACCUCCAAAGUCAUCAACAUCAGCUAUGAUGGAGCUAAAGAGACGGUUGAACAGACCCUGACCCUGGCUGGGCUCGACUACCUUGAUCUGAUGCUCCUUCACAAACCGAUGGGUGGCUCGGAGAAUCGAAAGGGAGCAUGGAAAGCGCUGGUCGAAGCCGUCGAGGCGGGUAAAGUCCGGUCGAUCGGAGUUAGCAACUACGGUGUCCACCACCUCGAAGAACUCCAACAGCACAUACACGAGCUUCAGGCGGAACGCGGCGGGAAAGAUAAGGGCGGCACACUGAGCGUCAACCAAGUCGAACUCCAUCCGUGGCUGGCGCGAAAAGAACUCGUUGACUGGUGUGAGAACAAUGGAGUCGCACUCCAGGCCUAUUCGCCCAUUGUACGAGGUGCCCGGUUCGAAGAGCCUUAUUUGCAAGCCUUGGCCAAAAAGUACAACAAGACCCCGGCUCAGAUUUUGAUUCGUUGGAGUCUGGAUAAAGGUUUUAUCCCGUUGCCCAAGAGCGUAACACCCGACCGGAUCAAGGCCAAUGCUCAGGUUUUUGAUUUCGAAUUGACUCCUUCAGAGGUCCAGGAGUUGGAAACUGAGGAGUAUAGUCCGUGUGCGUGGGAUCCAACGGUGCGAACACUCGAUGAGUGA